GGCUAACCAAGUGGCUUUGUCAGCUUCCAACCAAAGUAGAGUUGACUACAGCAAAAAUUGGAUAAUUGACUCUGGAGUUGCUAGUCGCAUGACAAGAGAUGAGGAAAAGCUAUUGAACUUGUCAGAAUACAAAGGAAACAGAGUAGUAGUCACAGCAGAUGAUACUCGACUUUCUAUCAAGCAAAUUGGAGAUGCAGUGAUAACACCAUGCACUAGCUCUCAACAAGUAAAGGUGAAAAAUGUCCUUCAUGUAUUCGAGAUGAAAAAGAAUUUGUUGUCUAUGGCACAACUUAUAGCUCCCGAAAAUUAUGUAGUGUUCGGAUCGAAGGAUGUGAAGGUGUAUCAACAAUUAAAGAUUGAAGGCACACCGAUCAUGAAAGGAGAAAAGAAGAAUUCUGUUUAUGUGAUGUCUGCUGAAACAACAUAUGUGGACAGGACCAGCAAGAAUGAUACUGCUAACUUGUGGCAUGCACGUCUUGGGCAUGUUAGUUAUCUUAGACUGCAAGUGAUGAUGAAUAAAUCUAUGGUUAAAGGCCUACCCAAGUUGGAAGUGCGCAAAGAUGUUGUUUGUGUUGGUUGUCAAUAUGGGAAAGCACAUCAACUUCCAUAUCAGGAUUCCAAGUUCAAAGGCAAGGAACCACUAUUUUGGGCAAAGUGCAUGAAAACUACAGCCCAUGUGAUUAGCAAGCUUCCUCAAGCUACUUUGGGAUUUAUAUCACCUUUUGAGAAGCUGUGGAACAUGAAGCCAGUGAUGAGUCAUUUUCGAGUCUUUGGCUUAGUGUACUAUGUGUUUGUUCUAGAAGCUCAAAGGACCAAGUUUGAUAAGAAAGGAAUCAAAUGCAUUUUUCUUGGCUAUGAUGACCAAAGGAAAGGAUGGAGGUGCUGUGACCCAAAUACUGGACGUUGUUGUGUUUCUAGAAAUGUUGUGUUUGAUGAAGCAUCUUCUUGGUGGUCUCCACAAGAGGUAGUGUUGCCAGAUUCCAAGGAGUUGGAAGAAAAAGUACAAGAAAAACUUGGAGAAGAUACUUGCAGGCUGUUGGAUACUCAAGAAGUUGUAGAGAAGGAAAAGGAGAUAACUCCUAAAAGAAUAGUGAGUCCAUGGCAAACAGGGGUACAAGAGCCCAUAACCGAAGAAACAAGACAAGCAAGUCCGGUAACUGAACCGAAAAACUAUGAGGAAGCUGCACAGAGUAUUGAAUGGAGAAAAGAAAUGGAAGAGGAGAUAAAGGCUUCAAAACAAAAUCAAACUUGGCAAUUAGUACCCAAGCCAAAUGAUUAUGGGAUAGACUAUGAUGAAACUUAUAGUCCGAUGGCUAAGAUUAAUACUGUUAGAGUCUUGCUUGCUCUAGCUGCAAGCAAAUCAUGGAAGCUGUGGCAGAUGGAUGUGAAGAAUGCAUUUUUGCAUGGAGAAAUUUAUAUGGAGCAACCAUGUGGAUUUGAAGACAAAAGGCAUCUAGAUGGAUCGGACAAAAGAAGGCAUAUUCUUGGUCAGCACAAGUAUGCAUCAGACUUAUUAAAGAAGUUUGGGAUGCUUAAGUGCAAGCCAAUCUCAACUCCAAUGGAGAUCAAUGCCAGACUCUGCUCCUAUAAAGGGAAGGACUUAACAAGUGCCACCAUGUACCGGCAACUUGUCGAAAGCUUAAUCUAUCUGACUUUAUCACGGCCGGAUAUAUCAUUUGCAGUAGGAGUGGUGAGCAGAUUUAUGCAAAAUCCUAAAAAGCCACACUUGGAAGCAAUAUGCCGGAUUCUCAGGUAUGUCAAAGGAACACUGGAUUAUGGCAUAUUAUACAAGAGUGGCACAGAGUGUAAGGUGCUUGGUCAUUGUGAAGCUGAUUAUGUUGGAUGUCAUGAUACAAAGAGAUCCAUUACUGGUUAUGUGUUUAAUUUGGGAUCUAGAGCGAUCUCAUGGUGCAGCAAGAGACAACCUACUGUUUCUUUAUCAACCAUUGAGGUAGACUACAGAGUAGCAGCUGUGGCAACCCAAGAAAGCACCUGGCUUAUGCAAUUAAUGGAAGACUUGAAGCAGCCAAGUGAUUAUUCAGUAAAAUUGUAUUGUGAUAAUCAAUAAGCAAUUUGGUUAGCAGAAAAUCCAGUGUUUCAUGCUAGGACAAAACAUGUUGAAGUUCAUUACCACUUCAUUAGAGAAAAGGUACUACAAGAGGAGAUAGAAAUGCAAGCUAAAAAACAGAUGAGCAAGCUGCAAAUAUAUUCACAAAAGGAUU